AUGUCGGGGUCUAUGCGCGAGUCGCUCAAAGCUCUCAACACGACAUUUUCUGCCACCACAGUCCCCUACCCUCUACCGGACGAGCUCUAUGCGACCAUAGAAGCCUUCCUCGAGCGCUAUGACGACAUAGACGACCACGACUCCCAACGCUUCCACGAUGAUCUCCACGCGCUAUACCUGCGCCAUGUCGCACAUAGUCCCGAGAAGCGCGGUGCCUUCUUAUCAGCCCUGCGACUGCUUCGGCCCGCGAUAACAGGCGAGGCGCGUCUGACCGCCUGGUGGAACUCGGCCCUGCGACCUGUAAUCGACGGCAUAGGCUACAAGAAGAGCGAGAUUGAAGAUGCGAGGGCCUUUGUACAGAGCAUACUGGUAUACGACCCAGAAGAGGACAAGGAUGGAGAGCACGCGCGGUUGUCAGCCCUCUUCGCCAACAAGAUACUCGACGCAUACCUAGCGAGGACCAAGCUGCCUUCGGACGCCGUGUCUCCAGAGAACGACUUUGUCGCCCAUGAGCUCGAAUCAGUGUUGGUUGCCUUUGGGCGCAAGAUGCCAAAGGUUGCUUCUGUCACUUUAUACCAUGAAGCAACAUCGCAUACAGGCCUUGAACUUGCUGAGUGCCUUUGUCCGCCUGCAGCCGCCCCACCUUCACCCUGGUUCUCAUCUUCACCUCACAGAACCUGGAAAUGUCUGCUCAUCGACAACUCGUCCACCGUUAUCGAGCUUGCCCUUGUCGUUCUCAUCAUGUUUCUACCUCACAUAUGUGGAGCGCUGACAUCUGAUCACCACCUCGAGAAGAUGUUCCUUGUCUACUGUAGGAUACUGUGUUGGGAUAAGUUGGGGAACAACGACUCGAAAACUGGCGACAUGGACAUGCAGGACGACGAUAGCGAAGAGGACGACGAUGACGGAAACGAUGAUGACGACUCAGAGCAGGCUUGGGAACAGGUGCAGCCAGCCAUGGACUACCCCGACUCGCCCCCACCAACCCUCAUGCACUACUUCACCUUCCUCUACGGUCUGUUCCCGCUUAACUUCAUGAGCUUCGUACGCAAGCCAAGGAAGUACCUCAAGUCGCUCAAUUUCCCAGGAGCGCGCGACUUCGACCUGGACCAGGAUCUCAUCCACAGCCGAACCGAACCCUAUCGCCGUGUCCAUCUACUGCACCCCAACAUGUUCACUACUACGGUCGAAGAUGAACUGAGCGAAAACAGGUGGCUGAAAAGCGAUCCUGCAGACGUCGUUGUUGAGUGCAUGGAUCUCUGCGUUGCUGUAUCGGCGACAUUGGAGGAUCCCGGUCCACCACCCAACGCAGCUUUACCUCCUGUUCCAGAAAUACCUUCGCACUUCACUCUGGAUGAUCAGGAUGGCACGACUGUACAUGGUUCAGAUGAAAGCUGGAGGAAUACUCAAUCGACUCUGAAUGUUCCUUCGGGUGAUGCUCCAGAAGUUCUCGAGGUUGAGAUGCCGCCAAGAAGCAAGUCACUCAAGUCUGCCGUGUCCGUGAAGUCGAUGGCUUCUCCCUUGCUGAAAGGUCGCGAUAUGAUGGACUCUCCAACACUGCCGCCUACCACUGAUACAAAGAAGCCUGACAUGACUAGUCCGUUGGCACAGCGGUUUGUAGCACAACAGCCCAGUCUAGAUAGUUUUGCCCAGUCGAUAUCCGGACAGACCUCAUCUACCCACCAUGAUUUCCAAAAUCACACCAUGGCGUCUUUGCAGAGGGAGAUCAUGCUGCUUCGAAACGACCUCAAUUUCGAGCGUUAUCUCAAGCUACAGCAUCUUGCUCAUAUCGGUCAGCUUCAGCGGAAGCAUAUCAAGGAAGCGACUGUCGAAGCCGAGACCCAAAAUCUCAUCAACACCAACAAGACGCUAAAGGCUAAACUCGCCAAAGCAAACGAGCUGUAUGCCCAACUCAAAAAGGAGACACUCACGAGUCGAAGUCAAUCCAAGAAAUGGGAGAGCGAGCUGAACAACAAAGUUCGGUCGUAUAAAGAGAGCGAAAAGACGUGGCACAGUGAUGAAGGUGGUCUACGAUACGAACUUCAAAGGACGCAGUCAGACUAUGAGCAACUCAAGAAGAUUGUGGAGAGGGCUGAAGCAGAACAACUCAAGGCCCAGCAACGAACAAAGGCAUUGGAAUACGAGCUUGAGGAUUACAGCGACAUUCGACGAGAGCUUGAGUCCGCUCAAGAUAAGAUCAUAGCGUUUGAAGAUCAAAGGAAAGAGCUGCACACUCUCAUCCAGGAGCGGAACGACUUGCGCAACGAUCUCGAGAUCGCAAACAUGCGGCUAAACAGCCGUGAGCAAGAUCGCGAACGAUCGGUCAAGGCUUAUGAACGCCGGAUCAUGGAGCUAGAGUCACGAUUGCAAACGUCUGACAGAAGUAUCGGUAAACCAGGACAACUCCCGUCAUCCGUUCAGCAGAUGCUCGACUCGGCGCUUGCAGCGAGCAAUGCUAAGAUGCAGCAAUUGAAGAAGACUCAUUACCGCCUGCUUGAGCAAUACACCGAGCUGCAGAUGAAGUACCACGAGCUCCAAGGUGAGCGAGAAGCCGAGAUGGGACAGCUCUAUCCUCGAGACAAGGCCGGUCACAUCGAUUUUGGCACGUCACGCGUCAGUCGUAACUCCAGCGUUCGGACAGCGAACAACUACAGCUCGAGGUAUUUGACGCCUCUCUCAACUACAGAGGCUACCCCAAGCGAAGAGCAAGAAUACUACGAGUACCGCUCACCGGAAUCAGUCCACGGCCCCGGGUCAGCUGUGUCACCACCUCGCCCUACUAGGCUCGAAUCGCUACAACACGGAAAGCCGCAACGAUCGCAAACAGCACCAUCACCGUACCCUGGAUUUGGCGGAAACUAUGGGCCGGAUUUCUCCGCAGCCUACGACGCCUCUUUACAUAGCCAGUUUCAGGCUCCAAAGCCCCAAUCCAGCGGACAGAGUAGCUUCUCCGCCGAUACCGAUGGUAGCUCGAACAAGGAUAGAAAGGACAAAGUGGACCCGAAAUCAGAGGUUCGGAUAUACGGUCGAGGUGAGCCAUGUGUAUUACGUAUUGCAAGAUCAGAAAUUGACUAUGAGACAGGUGGCGCUCAGAAUAUUGGAAAGAAGGUCAAAGAGAAGGAACAGAAGAAGCCGUCGUCUUCCAAAACUGGUGGCUUUCGCGGACUCAAGGGCAUAAUGUAA